AUGGAUGACUUGGAGAACAAUGUGUUAGACAAUUCCUUAUCAAGGAAAUUCAAAGAUAUUGCUGCUGGAUUUAUUGGAGGUGCAACCCAAGUUUUGAUAGGCCAACCUGCCGAUUUAGUUAAAAUUAGGUUACAAACAUCUUCAAAUCAUACUACUUCGGCACAUAUAAUAAGAGACGUCUUGAAAAAUGAAGGAGUUUUAGCAUUUUACAAAGGGACAAUUCCUCCUUUGAUUGGAGUUGGGGCUUGUGUCUCGCUACAGUUCUAUGGUUUUCAUGAAACUAAAAGGUAUUUGCUUCUGAAAUCCAACGCAAAGGAGCUUUCAUUAUGGCCACAAACGUACAUCGCGGGUGCAGCUGCUGGUAUCAUCAAUACUCCUGUGACUUCCCCGGUUGAGCAAUUGAGGAUUCUAAGUCAAUCAAACACAUCCUCACAAUCUAACCAGUUGCUUUCCAAAAUAAAGCAAAUUUAUUAUCAGGAAGGACUCACAAAUGGGAUUUAUAGAGGAUUUAAUAUAACAUUGCUACGUGAAACGCAGGCUUAUGGUGUAUGGUUUUUGACCUAUGAGUUUUUGAUAAAGACAAUUAUCGACUGGAGAAAAUAUGGAUCCAGAGAAGAGGUGUCCACACCAGAACUUCUAGUGAGUGGUGCAUUAGCAGGAAACGCCCUCUGGUUGUCGUCUUACCCUCUUGAUGUAAUUAAGUCAAAUAUUCAAAGCGAUAAAUUCGGAUCUGAAAGUGUUUACAACGCUAGUAUAUCCAAAACAACUAAUAUCAUAUGGAAGAACCAAGGAUUUAGAGGUUUUUGGAAAGGAUUGGGACCAUGUCUUCUCAGGGCAAUUCCCUGCAGCGCUGGAACGUUUGCCAGUGUAGAAUUAGCCCUAAGAUUAAUGGGCUAA